UGUACGAGAGGGCGGAUCUGACUCUGCACAUCGGCCAACACUACAGCGUACUGAAUUUUAAAACAACAACAACGGGAGGAUGGACUUCAGUUUACGUGAUGCCUUCACAGACGGGGCACCUAAGGCGACCCAGGACAGCCUGCUGAAGAGGGAUUUUGUGGCUGGGUUGGAGGCACAGACCUAUGAUGAUAAAGUGGGCGAGACCGUUGGGAAGACAGACUACCGCCCCCUUCUGGAUGGGAUGGAUGGCAAAAGGGAAGGGUCUGGGUUCUUGUCUGCAGGCCAGACUGGAGGGCAACGUCAGGACCCUCAGGGAGAAAUCCAUACCAGCCCACCUGGACAAUAUGUCUAUAAGAAAGACUUUCAAUCAGGCCCAACAUCAAUGAUUGAAAAGCCUGUCCAAUUAGGAAACCAGCAGAUGGGAUCUACUGUGAAGGACAACAGCAUGGACCCUUUUCUGGGGUUCUCUCAGCCUGGAAUGAAUAUUGGUAUGAAUAUGAAUGUUGGCAUGGCCCCUUUCCAGAGCUCCAAACCCCCUAGCAUGGGUGAACCUCAGAAGACCUCACCCUUGUUUGCCAAUGAACCACCCAAAGCAUCCCAGAUAACUGCUAAUCUGAGUGAUACAAGCCCUCGUAACAGCCUGGAAAAUUCUGCAGAAGUUUGGGGAAGCCCUUGGACAGGUGAGGAAAUGCUCUCUACGGAGCAGUCCCAUGCUUCCAACAAGGCAGAACAGAGUCGCACUGAUGCCUUGGGUUCCCAGAGUCCAGAUGCAGCAUCCGGUGAGGAAAAGUCCAUCGAUGAAGGAACCGAAAAGCAGCAGAAGCGAAAAAAGAAGAAACGCAAGAACAGGGAAGAAAUGUAUGACCUUCUGGACAGUCUUGGUUCCCCUGACUCAGAAGAGACUCCUUCCGAAAGCUCCAACCACGGCUGCCCCUCACCUCCUAAUAGGGACGAAGAGAUGUGGGAAAGCGAGAUCCAAGAAAGAGGGGGAGGACGCAUCAAGGCCAAGAAGAGUAAAAGCAGGAUGAAGCUACCAGAAGAAUGGAGUGCUCCUCCAACUGUAAUGGACAUGGACUUUAGCAGCCCUUAUUUGGGUGAUUCAAAAGCCCCACCCAGUGCUAGCAUAGAUCAGGGAAGUGCACAGCCCUCACUCACACCUGAACCUCUGCACCUCACGGACACCCAAGCAUGCAGACCCCAACCGCCCGGGCAAGCAAACACCUCCUUAUUCGCGAAUCCCGUAGAUGACUCAACUCCCAAGAUUAACAGGGAUAUGUUAGAUAAGGAUAAAUCAACUAAAGAUGAUAUCAAUAAGUCUAACCUAGAGUUGCCUGGUAUUCACCCUUCAGAUCAGUUACCCAAGGACCCAAAUGAUCCUGACCAGAAGUCAACCCUUGCCCUUAGUCCAACUCAGACUGUUAUGUUCCUUGACUCCGUGCUGCAGGCACAGACCCCAGAUGCAAGCCCCCCAUCCCAGAGCACCCCCGUGAAAACCCCCAUCCCUCACAGCUCUGCCCCAGAGGCUGCUCCUGAUCUGACCACUGGCCCACUGUCCGUCGGCACAGACAUCCCUGCCUGUCAGAGUGCACCAGCUGUUAGUCACUCUUCCCCAAAAAUUCCCCCCAGCACUGCAGUGAACUUAAACCCCGAGGCUACGCCUUUCAUCUCUUCACAAACAGAGCAGCAGGAGCCCCCGUCAGCACAGCCCCCCCUACUGGAAGUAAAAGAAGACAAGACAGCCAAAGAGAAAAUGGAGAAGGUGGAAACUGCUCCGAAGAUGGAAAACAUCAACAUAAUUGAGAAGCAAGACAAGCCUGAGAAAAUUGAGAAGAUUGAUCACCUGGACAAGAAAGAUGGGAUCCCAAAGAAACCAGACAGUGUGGAUAAGACUCAGAAGAGUGAGCAAAUCAUCAAGGAUGAGAAGAAAGUUGAGAAAGAGGGAAAACAGGAUAAUAAAGUUGAGAAAAACGAGAAGGUUGAGAAAGUAGACAAACCUGAGAAGACAAACAAGGAGAAAGACGAUGGAGAAAAAGUGGACAAGACAGCCAAAGCUGAGAAGAAUGCGAUGGCUGCUAAAGGACCUGCUAAGUCUCCAACAGCUAAUGGGAGCAAGGAGGUGACCAGCCCAAAUAGUAAGGCCAAGCCUUCAGUUGGGUCAACCAAACAAAGCUCAGCAAGACCAAACUCGCUGUCCACUGGAGACAGUGCAGGUGCCACCAAACGCACCUCUCCCACCACCAACUCUGCCAAUAAAAAAAACCCUAUGCCCAAGGCAACAACCCCCACUGCUGGCACCAAGAAAACCCCCACCACCACAUCUACUCUUGAGACUAAGGCCAAGUCUUCUGAGACCGCAACUCAGCGUCGCCCUCCAGUGCCAAAGGCUAAAGCUGCAUCUGCUACGAAUUCUAAAAGCGGCACUACUAGCACCCCAACUACCACCUCUGCCCAACGCUCCUCUGCUACAAAGACUGAAAACCAAGCAGGAGAGGUGAAAAAGACAAGUGCAAAGACAACACCAGUUAAAACAACUCCAAGAACAACUCGCACACCACCUUCUGCCACCAGCACAGCAGCCACCAAUGGGACCCCUCGUCCCUCCCGCAUCACCAAACCCCCCGUACCCAAGCAGACUCCCCUAGAGAAGAAGCCUCCUAUACCUCGAGCCCCCCGAAAUGUCAGGCCCACCAAGGCACCACUGCCGGAUCUAAAAAACGUACGCUCCAAGAUCGGUUCCACCGAUAACAUGAAGUACCAGCCUGGAGGAGGCAAGGUCUCUGCAGCCCAGGGCAAGACCGAUGCUCUGCCAAAGACCAGCCAGGGCAAAGUUCAGAUAGUCCACAAAAAGCUGGACUUCAGUCAUGUCACCUCUCGAUGUGGCUCCAAGGACAAUAUCAAGCAUGUUCCUGGUGGAGGAAAUGUUCAGAUUUUAAAUAAAAAGGUUGACUUGAGCAAAGUGGCCUCUAAAUGUGGAUCCAAGGACAACAUAAAGCACAAGCCAGGUGGUGGUGAUGUGAAGACUGAAUCCCAUAAUGUUAACGUCAAGGCCAAAGUGGGAUCAAUGGACAAUGUAGGCCAUGAACCAGGAGGUGGCAAUGGCAAGGCUGAGGGGGUUCAGCAGAAAUCUGAGGGAAGCCCAUCUGCCCCUGCUGUUUCUCCACCUGUGCAGGCAGGCAGCGGGGCAAAGGAGAACGGGCUGAAAGAGAACUCUCCUGCUCCCGUACCUUCUUUGGGAGAGGGGCCCCGGGACUCCCAAGGCAUGGACAAGCGCAUCCCUGGGACAAAUUGAGUCCUACAAGCUGAACUUCCGCGAGAACGCACGAGCUCGCACGGACCACGGCGCUAAAAUCAUCUCCUGGUCCUCCCUGAGUGGCAGCCACCCCCACCCACAUCGCAGCACCUCUCUCAGUGUUUCUCUGGGGUCCGCCAUGUCCUCACACUCAACCCAGCUUGUCCCAUUCACUCAGCUAUGAGAUGGGUGCAAACCAGUACACUAGCAGGAGAAGGACUCUGAUUUCAACACAGCCUGUCCCUUUAAAACCUAUCUUCUCAAUAGCUUCUUCUCUUGUUUACAGUUUUCUUCGUUUUUUCUUUGUUUGGAGAGCACCCAUGAGAUCAUGUUUUGGGAAAGAUCCAGGCUGUGGCUUAAUUUACAGCACUUCUUUUCGAAUGCAGGGUUUGGUUUGAGGCUAGAUAUGGGAUGAAGUCUCCAGAUUGUUGGAGAUAAUGGAUGCUCCAGCCGCGUAGCUCUUAUUGUCAUCUUUGUUAAAUCCAUAGCAUUUUGCCUAUAACACCAGAGUUUCCUUCUAAUCUUCCUGCGAGCCUGUGCUAUCCUUUAGACAAACCUAAAUUUAGAGGUAACACCCUCUUUUCUGUCUGUAUCUGGCAGUAGAUGUUCUCCAAUGGGAACCCCAGAACUCACUUGAGAUGUAGCUUAUUACAUCAUAUUAUGGCAGUUACGCUCCCUGUAUUGUUAGUAUAUGGGGCUGUCUUAAAUCCCAGUCAAAAGGGAUGAAUCAGCCACCAUCCAUCCAUCCAUCUGCUCCCUUUGCUCCACUGACCCUGUCCACCUCAGAUGAAUUAUAAACCGUUCUCCCUCAGUAUUUAAAUGAGCACUUAAUCAUUUGAAACGUAUAGGUUGUUCAAACAAUAGCAUAUUUACAUCUUCAGUGAGUUUGCUGUAUCGUGUUUGUGUAAAUUCCUGUAACGAUGAGCUGUAUCAUUAUGAUGUCUAACCAUCUGAUUACAUUUUCCACUUUCCAUUUCUCUCAAAGCAUCUUGUGAACUAAUAGGACACAAAAACACAUGACACACAUAAACUACAGCAUGAUACAGGAAGAGAAAAAGGAAGUGGCACGCAAACUAAACAGACAGGAUGGGAAGAAAUAUAGAUGGGCAAAGAAAGAUGUCAGAAAGUUAAAAUGGAAAUGUGUUUACACUCCGUGUACAGGUCAUGAUUAUUUGCUCAAAGGUCGAAAUCAUCCCCACUUUCAGUUAAGUAUUAUAUCUCCAGAUCCAAAAAGUAAACAACUUUUGCACUGGACAUAUGAACCGGCAUGUGCGAGGGCCCAUUACAUUAACAGUAAAUGUAUCCUAAUUAAGCAUUGCAAUACAACCCAUUUCCCUAUUAUUUAUUCAGUGGCAAUUGAUAAAUUGUUGUUUAGAAAUUACUAUUUAAUCAAACAUAGUAAUAAAUGCUAUUUGUUUUUUUUACCAAGCGAUGUAUUAUUCACAAAGUAGUUGAAUAUCAUAGUUUUAAACUCUCCAAACCUACUAUUGUAGGGCUGCUUUUUUGAAACUCUUGACUAGUGACACUGUUUAACAGUGAAUUUGUGGGCACUUUAUUGGUAGUAGGUAUUAUUCUAGAUAUAUUUAGCUGCACAAUGCCUGCAGAAAAAAAAACAGUUUGCUGUUGUUGGUUAAAAGGUUAUGAUUGUAUACAGGGUUUGAUUCACUACAUGUUGUGAAAUAUGCAUUUCACAUAUCGCAAAUUUUUUUCCUGGUAUUUUACUGUGACAUGGUAGAUCAUUGAUGGUGGUAAUGCUUGUAACAUCAAAGAAAAUCCCACAUAAAACUGAACAACAGAGACCAGGAAGUAAUAAAUUAUGCAAAUAUCCUAAUUAGCUGAUGAGCAUUUGAAAUGCACUUUAUGAUGGAUGUUUUAUACUACAACGAGAGCGAUAAGAUUGAUUGAGCACAUUUUCCUAAAUUGUAUCCCCUCAAAAAGAGUCCCAGUUACUCAAAAAUGCAAAACAUGUACCUGUAUCUCACAGAGCAGUCUGUAAAUACAGUUUGUACGAGUGUGAGCAAGUGUGUUUAGUGUAGAGCAGCUGCGCUUGGCCGAACUGUCCUGUCUGUAGUUCCUUUUGUGAUUAGUGUGUACUGUUUAGGGGCUAUGCCAGUAAACUUCAGUGUUGUACUCUUGAUACAGUGAUCAUAACCUUUCAUGCCUUCAGACAGCUCUAUUUUGUCAUUUCCAUAAUGAAUGAACACUCUCACUAUGUUGGUACACUUCUCACAAACCCCCCCACCCAGUCCGCUCAACGCAGUUUUGUAAAUACACGUUUCACACUUUAUACCCCGCAGGGGGAAAACACUUCUUGAUUGGGUUGUAUAGAGAAGCAAAGUGAAGAUUUUGCAUCGAUGAAUAUUUCUCCAGACAGUAUUUUAUUCUUUAAGUGAGUCUGCCUUUUUUGAAGAAAAGGGCUGGCAAACAAGAAUGUUUUUAAAAUGUAUUGUAUUCAGGAGGCAGAGAAUAUACAGUAUAUUAUGUGUGUAACUUUUUCUCUUUGUCAUCACAGGCCACAUACUAAAUACAAUGUAAUCAAUAGGAGGAGGAGUGUGAUUGAUUUUGUCUAAGGAUAGAAAAACUCAAAGGACUCUGAUGUCCUUCUGUGUAAAAAAAGGCACAGCAUUCUGGUAAUGACUUGAGUAGACUGACACAGGAUGCAGAAAGUGGGUCGAGAGUUUAGAGGUAAUCAGUAACCACAGGAACAAUGAUUCCUCCCACAAACUGCACCUGACACAUAGACCUUGAAUGUUGUUUGAAUAGCCAUGCCACACAUCUGUAUGAGACUAACUGUAACUGGUAGACUAAUCGGCAUGUUUAAAAGUAGAUAGAGCACUGGAAUUAGGCAGCAAAAGAGCCCCCUAGUGUGUCUGUUAGGACUCACAAUGUGUUUACUACCCAUAGAACACACCAAAAGAGCAUGCUGACAACAAUAGACUACAGACAUCAGUCCUAAAUUGGAUUUAAUGUCUCCCCCGAUUUAAGAUGUAUUUUUUGCUAUGAAAGAGGUCAUUGUGAUUAAUUGUUAACUAGUGAUGUGGAUAUUUAAUCAUGAAUAAA